GGGGGCAGCCCCCGGGCCCGCAGAUCAUCCACUCGGGGCACUUCAUGGUCUCGUCGCCGCACAGCGAGCACCCGCCCAAGAAGGGCUACGACUUCGACACGGUCAACGAGCAGACCUGCCAGACCUACCAGUUCGGGGCGGCCCGCGGCAGCGGCGGCGCCGGCGGCCGCCUCAGCAUCGACGCGUCCCUCACGAAGCUGUUCGAGUGCAUGUCCCUGGCCUACAGUGGAAGGUUGGUUUCACCAAAAUGGAAAAAUUUUAAGGGAUUGAAGCUUCAGUGGAGAGAUAAAAUCCGUCUCAAUAACGCCAUCUGGAGGGCCUGGUACAUGCAGUACCUGGAGAAGCGCAAGAACCCUGUGUGCCACUUUGUGACCCCUCUGGACGGCUCCGUGGAUGUUGAUGAGCACCGGCGACCAGAGGCCAUUGCAACAGAAGGGAAGUACUGGAAACGAAGAAUUGAAAUAGUCAUUAGGGAAUACCACAAGUGGAGAACAUACUUCAAGAAAAGGUUGCAGAAACACAAAGAUGAAGAUCUUUCAAGUUUGGUCAGGGAUGAUGAUGUGGUUCUCUGGCAAAAAAGAAGGUAUGGCAGAGAAACCCCUGUCCCCAUGGAGGAAGGCAGCCUCUUGGAUGCAGACAUGCUCAUGUCUGAGUUCACCGACACCCUGUUCUCCACACUCUCUUCACAUCAGCUGGUUUCCUGGCCAAAUUCCAGGGACAUAGGACACUUAGGAAAUGCUGACAUGAUUCAACCAGGGCUUAUUCCUCUCCAGCCAAAUUUUGAUUUUAUGGAUACUUUUGAGCCUUUUCAGGAAUUAUUCACGCCCAGUCGCUCAAGUAAUUAUUUCCCUUCUGUGUCUGCUGUCAGCUCAGCUACCACAGACAGCAGCAGCCACUCCUCCCAGUCUCCUGUCCUGCCGUCGGGUUCGUUGCCCAGCACGCUUCCAGCAGGGAACAUCAGUGAUGGACUGAUUCCUUCUUCAGUACCUGCUCCUGUCAUUCCUGACGUGGUUGCUGACCAGUGUUCCAGCAUUAGAAGUGGUGGAUCUUUCAUCCAGCCAGCAGAUUUCCCUCCUGACUCGUCUCUCAGUGGGCCACAAACUUUUAUGUCAGUGUUCCAGGCACCCCUGCCAUUGCUGCAGCCCGCGAGCCCACAGCAGCAGUCCCCGCUGCCCGCGGUGCCGCUGAGCUCCAGCCUGAGCCCCGCGCCCGCCGCCUUCGCUGCUCCAGAAACCCCCAAGUUUGGGCUCUGUGAAUCCUCGGUCACCACUCACACGGCUUCUGCCACACUCACCCACAACGCCCCUGCCACCACCUUCAGCCAGAGCCAGAGCCAGAGCCUGGUCCUGGCCACGCAGCAGCCGGGGGCAGGAGUGCCUUGUAACCUGGCCUUCCAGACUGCUGUUGUGCAGGGGCAGCCCCGGCCCCAGCUGCAGUCCCAGCUGACAUUUGCACUCCCCAAACCUGUUCCUCUGGCCAGUGCUGGAACAAGGCCCAAACAGUCACAAAAAACAGUGCCUGCUCCGAAGCUUGAAACAGUGUCCUUAUUGGUAAAGAAUGCCUUCAUCACCCCAGGCCGGGAUUGUCAGAAUUCAGGCCAGGCUUCCCCCUGCGCCUCUGAGCAGAGCCCCAGUCCACAGUCUCCUCAGAACAGCUGCUCAGGAAAACCUGCCACUGACCCUACUAUGGCUGCAUAUAAGAAUCGAAGGAUGAAGCAUCUUUCAGAACAAAAACGAAGGUCUAAUAUCAAGAUUGGUUUCAGUGCUCUGAACAGCUUGGUAUCAGCCAACUCCAAGUUGAUCAGCCACGCCAUCACGCUCCAGAAGACAGUGGAGUACAUCGCCAAGCUGCAGCAGGAGAGGGCACAGAUGCAGGAGGAAACCAGGCGCCUCCGAGAGGAAAUCGAGGAGCUGAACGCCACCAUCCUUUCUUGCCAGCAGCAGCUCCCUGCUACCGGGGUUCCCGUAACGCGGCAAAGGUUUGACCACAUGAGGAAAUUGUUUGAUGAGUACGUGAGAAGCAGGACCCUGCAGAACUGGAAGUUUUGGAUUUUCAGCAUUAUUAUUAAGCCAUUGUUUGAGUCCUUCAAUGGGAUGGUUUCCACAACAAGCUUUAAGGAUCUGAACGAAACUGCACUGGCUUGGUUGGAUCAGCACUGUUCUCUUCCUGUUCUGAGGCCAAUGGUGCUGAACACCCUGCGGCACCUGAGCAGGAGCACCUCGAUCCUGUCGGACCCAUCGCGGCUGCCGGAGCAGGCACAGGAGGCUGUGGUGAAGAUGAACAAGAGAGCUGGGGAGACCUAACAACCAAAGACACUGAGGUGCUUGUCCCAGGGGUGGAGAACCCGCCAGGCCCUGCCUGCCCAGGUUCCUCCAGUCAGUGCACUUUAGAAAGGGUUCUCUCCAUCACCCAAGACAUUGUUCAGGGCACCUGGCCCUGCCUGGUGAAGAGGUGCAGGUGGUUCGGCGUUGUCAGAACGUUUGGGUUCCUCUCCAGUGCUGUGCUGUGCUCUGUCACGUGAGAAAAAACACCAAGCUCAGGUAAACUCAGCAGGUUUGAGCCCUGCAGGCAGCAAUAGAUCUCCAUCAAUGCAUCUUUAUGCAACUAAUGAAACACCCUCAGUUCUCUGAAGUGUAAAUCCUGUACAUCAAGGAAUGUGCUCUUCAAGGGGAAAAAAUACUUCUGAUUUCACGAAGCAAAAUGUACUUUUUAUUUUGUUUUCUGGUAUUCAGUUCCAUGUGUUUUACUUGAAUAGUGAAAAUUGUUAAACAGGAUCAUAUGAAAAACCAAAGGAGAAGAAAAAUCUGUCAGUGAUGUCAACUCAUGGCAAAAAUACUAGAAUUAAAAUCUCAGGCUGUGUUUUGUGUAUUUUUAUUUUAAUGAGUGUAUCAUUGCAUUUGAUCAGUUUCAAGACGUGCUUUAUUUUCUAGUAAAUAAAGUAGCUGAAUUUUAUUUUUUUUAUAUAGCCAUUGCAAGGGAGUAGCAGGCUGUGCAGUAAGUGCAAGAAAGCAGUUUGAGAUGAUAUAAUUUCUGCAAUUAGGAUAAAUACAUCAAUUUUAUAUCGGUUUAAUCAUUGAACUAUUUUCUUGCACUCUGCACAGUUCAGCUGCCAUCCUCACAAAAUGUGCACAUAGAAAACACAUCCAUAGGUAAAUGUAGUAGCACUUCAGAGAAAAGAAUUGAGUUUGUAAUGUUAAAAAUUUGGCUUUUUUAUUAUCUCAGAAGCUAUAUCAAACCACACAGACUUGCAGUCAGUUCUUUGCAUCUUUGUCUUUUUUUGCUUCUUCUUUUUGCUUUCUGUCUGAAAAACCUGAAGAACUUUGCUAGUUCCUUCUGUGAGAGCAGCACUGUAGCAAGGACAAGGCACAAAAGGUGAGCCUCUCCCUGCAUGGAGGGACUGAGAGCUGAAGGGGAAGGCACAAUGGCCCAUUUUGUACCAACACAGCUUCCUGUAGCUGUACAGGCAGAGGGAGAAAUGCUUUUCUGGGUUUUUUGGGUUUUUUUUUUUUUUUUGUUUUUUUUAAAGUAGAUUUGACAUAAAAUUUGAAGUUUGUGGCAGGUUUGAAAACCUGUGUCCCUGUGACAGAAGCACCAAAAUUGCAAGUAUCAGCCAAGGAAUGGUGUGCAAAGGUUUUAUUAGUAAUUAAAUAGUGAUUAGAUUUUCUGGAGGGAUCCAUUUCUAGCUCUUUUAUAAUGUUGUAAUCAGUUAAGCAAUAAUCUUUUGGAUACAUCUGGAUAAGAAGUGUUGAAUAUGUAAAUCCUUUUUUGAAUCAGUGCUUUCAAUCCUCCCAUUUCUAUCACUAGUUGUGAAUUUGACUCCAGUAAAAUCAUUUUACACUCUGAUGAGCUGGAGAUGGAAUCCCUUAUGUCCUUUUCUUGGUGGGCUGAUCUCACUCUUUGUGUGUUAAAAACAUGUCUGGGUUUGUAGCAAGAAAGCAGCAGGCAUGCUGUCCAAGAUCUGAUGUUUUUGCUGACCUUUUCAGAUGAGCAGAUCCUGUGAUGCUUCCCCUGCAGUGUGGUCUCCUGCUUGUCAGCAGUGAUGGUGUGUGAUUUUUACCAUUUCUGGUAUCGAUGAUGUGGGAGUUUUGUCUCAACAAGCAGAGUGCAGUACAAUCAUCCUUCAGGGCCCAGGGAGAUCUGAGAACUGAAAUCCCAACAUCCCAUAUCUCACUGAAUGGAUUGGAAACUGAAAGCAACCUUAAAGGAAGAGGGAGGGGUAAUUUACCUGAACUGCCAAAAACUUUGUCCAUUCACAGUUUUGAUAGAAAACUCAUCCAUCAGGUUGCACCGUGAGCUGGUUACAGUUGGAGGGAAAGUGCUUGUUUAACAAAUUGUGGUGCAGAAACAAACUAAAAGCACUAUUAAGAAACUGCAAAUCUUAAAGAGGAAAAAAAAAAUAAAUAUUGCUUACUUAGGCAAGAGUGUAGGAGGAAGGAAAGGAAAAGUGAAAAGAUACUUUCCACUAGUGCAAUUACCAGAAAUGAUGUGGCUGCUCUUUGAAGCAGUGAUUCAAUGUAUUCUUGUCACCCUGUUAUUGCAGAUCAGAAUUCUUUUAUCAGUCAGCCUUGUGAGGAGAGUGAUUUCACUUCAUUUGGAAACACAGGAAGAAAAAAGAUGGUUUAUGUCUCACAUCUCAACAGUAGAACCACUAAAGAUUGGUAUGGAAAGAGAUAGACCACGUAUGUAUUAGUUCCUGCAUAGUUUUCUACGUUAAUUUAUGUUUAAAUACCUUAGUCUGUAUUUCUUUCCCAUGGAGGAGUUUAAAUACUUUAUUUUUUUCAAAGUUUGGUAACACUUUCUCCUGUAAUUUAAGCACUCUGAUUUCCUCAGUGUCACCAAAGUAAGCAAGCCAAACACACAGUGCCUAUAGUCUGCACACAAUUGCAGGUGCUGCACAUCUGCCUGGUGCUAAACUUUUGGAGAACCCCCAUAUAACUGAAUACAAAUCGUAUUCUGUCAAAUCCAACAUAUUUCACUCCGUAAAGGAGUAGCAAAAUAACUUAUUUAUGGGCUGUGAUAUGCACAAAGUCAAACUGGGAUUGUCAGCUGGUUCCUUCUGACCUCAAAUUGUAUUAGCUGGUAUAUUGUAGAUGGCCCUACCCCAAACAUAAGUUCUGGAGAACUUGGGCAUUUUCUGGUGUAGUUAUUAGUUUGUAUUUUAGUUACUGGCCUCCUUUUAGCAGGAGGAGCAAGGGGUGAAGGUCCAGGAGCAAACUGGAAUUGAAGGAAUUACUGAGGAGUAGGAUCAGAGACAAGUGCACACUUCACCAUGACAGUCUGAUCUCUGCACAAAACCAAAGGAUUCUUGGUUAAUACCAUUUGACCUGACUGGAAUGUUCUUCCAUGCUUUCCUAGACCACUGGGGAAGGCUUCCUUGAAGGGGGUUGCUACUAGAAUGUUUCCAUCUGUGCCUUAGAUCUUGGUGUCAUGUAUGCAUUUGAUAAAUCAUAAGUCACCCAUUGUUCCCCUUAAAAUGAUGCUCUGUGGAAAAUUCAACGAAUGGAGGAAGUGGGGCUUCCCAGGCUUUUUAGAGGAUUUUAUCUGUGUGGCAUUACUGUGACCCUUUCACACUGAGAUUGUGAGUAACUGUGUCUAUGUUUGGAAAAAAUUGUGUCUUUCCUGCUGAAUCCACCCCUCUCCACUGCCAUGUGUUGGAACACGUGUGCACACAUGGAUGUAACCUCUGCUCUGACAAACCCAGGAAACAGACAAGGGCUUAAACCUCUAAAUCUGAAACGGCUUGAAAAGACAAAGGGCUGUCAAAUCUAUUGAAAAACUGCAUCCCUUUGUAUCUUCAGGUAUUUUUACAUUCCCAUGUGUGUGUGUUUGUGUUCACAUGUGGUAGAAGGGACAGGGACAGGUUAAUUUAGUUUUGUUUGCUUUUAAAGCCCAAAACUCCAGAAAAGCAGUUUGAGGACAGGAGAGGGAAGCUCACUGCAAAAAUGUUCAGUAAGAUAAUGCUUAUUUGAAUGCUGUUUCACUUUCUUAGUUUCUGAAGUGGGUAACUCUUGCCUUGAUGUUGCCAGCUAGAAGGUACUGCUGAAAAUUGAGUGGGUUUUCUCCUUUUUCUAUUUUUUGGUUCCUUUCCACCUUUAUUGCAUGGAAAGCCACCAGAAAUCAAAAGGCUGAUGACAUCAAGUUCAGGUUCUUUAGGGAUUCAGUCACAUCAGUCUGGAGGACUAUAGAGAGUUGUUGAUAAAUUUUAGGAGUUUUUUUAAUUAGGUAAGACAUUGGGAGUUUUUCUAUUACUCCUCAAUUUAUACACUUGAGUUUCAGAGAUGAUUUGUUUUGGGUUUUUUUUCUUUUAUAGGACCCCAAUAUUUUCCCACAAUAUUGGUUAAAGUUCUUGUUUUCUUUGGUUUCAUUCGUGGUUGGAUUUUCUGCUCAUUUACUGUGUUAGAGCAGAAGUGGUAGAACCAAACUGUAGCUUCAUCUGUAAAACUUGAGUUCUUCACCUGCAGUAACUUCAGUUACAAUGAAACACACCUUAGGUAUACAAUGGAAUUAAUUUCUAGCCAUUGUCCAAACUUUUUAUAUCUGAACUUUUCCAACAUGAAUAGGGUUUUCAAUCAAAAUAUAUCAAUGUUACGAGCAAGCCUUUUAACAAUACAGUGAAUAAAUAGAUCGUUUUCUUCUUCUAACCUUGUAUUUAAAUGUGUUUUAAGUGAAUGGAAUUCAUUCUUGUUAAGAAAAAAGGAAAAAAAAGCUUGAAGAUAUGAGGACUUCAGGUUGUGCUCUUGCUUUGCUUAGGUUUUCUGUUCUGUUGCAUGACAACUUCUGUUGUGCUGUUGAUAUGUAGCACUUUCAGUAGGUCUGUUAAAUUGUGCAAUGCAUUUUUUUAUAUUUACAACCAAAACAAUAAAGGAUAUUUUUUGGAAGAAA